GUUCACCUGACACCUAUGCAGAGAAACGAAAAAAACAGGAACACAAGCUACAAUCUCCGCAAAUGUCAAGACGGCAACAGAUUUUAUUUAUUUAGCGUAGAUUUUCUUUAAAUUGCUUGUGGGGGAGUUGCACGUACGGGUCCUGCCGAGUGUAAUGGAGAUGGCAAAGCAGUUAUUUGGCUCGCGCGACCACGAAGGCUACGUGGGCAAAGAGGAACAUGCCCGCAAAUUAGAGACAGCGAUAUCAGAGGAUGAUAACGACUUCCCGGAAGCUACGGACGAACUGAGCGUCGUUGAUGGCUUGCGACCUUCGCCCGGUGGCCCGUUCUCGGCUUUAACACCAUCAAUGUGGCCACAAGAUAUUUUGGCGAAACUGGGUCAGCCAGAGUCGGACGAUCCAAAUGACCAGCCAGAUUACCGUUUCGAUGAAUUCGGCUUCCGAGUGGAAGAGGAGGAUGGCCCCGAGCAAAAUUCCAAGAAACUUUUAGGCAUUCCGUUUAUUGAGGACCCACCACAUCGCUUGCAGUGGAUCGCCCACCUGGAAUUCUCGCAUAAUAAGGAAGCAAGUGAACUGACGUGGGAGAACAUCGACAUUGUACUGCCCCGUACAGAGAAACUACGAAACAUGGUCCGUGAAGGAAUUCCACACUCACUGCGACCGCAGAUGUGGAUGCGUUUAUCGGGUGCUCUACAGAAAAAGCUCAACUCGGAAAUAUCCUACAAAGAUGUCGUUAAAACGUCCAGCAAUGAUGCCUUGAUGACGUCCAAACAAAUCGAGAAAGAUCUGUUGCGAAUUCUGCCAACGAAUGCCUGCUUCAGCAGUCCAAAUGGGACAGGAAUCCCUCGCCUGCGAAGAAUCCUACGUGGUAUUGCCUGGCUUUUUCCUGAUAUCGGUUACUGCCAGGGGACAGGUGUGAUUGCCGCCUCUCUACUGCUGUUCAUGGAGGAGGAAAAUGCCUUUUGGAUGCUUGCCACAAUCGUGGAGGACCUGCUCCCGGCCUCAUAUUACUCGUCAACCCUGCUGGGCAUCCAGGCUGAUCAGCGAGUAUUACAAACAUUGAUUGCGAACUACUUGUCCUCAGUUGAUGAUACCCUUAAAUGCCAUGACAUCGAACUCUCUCUGAUCACGUUGCACUGGUUUCUGACGAUUUUCGCGAAUGUCGUCCACAUGAAGAUUCUAUUAAGAAUUUGGGACUGGUUCUUCUAUGAUGGCUCAAUCGUCCUAUUCCAAAUUACCCUUGGAAUGCUGAAAAUCAAAGAAGACGCGCUCAAAGUCCUUGAAAAUUCUGCUCAGAUCUUCAACUCACUCUCAGACAUUCCCGGUGAAAUUGAUGACGUUGAAGUUCUGUUUCAAGUCUCCUCUGAAGUCGGAGGGUCGCUAAGCCGCACAGUAAUCGAGACACAUCGACGUCGACACUUGGCUUAUCUUAUGGCCGACCACGGAGCUCUGGUGGGGAAUCCAGAAUCAAAUCCAAACUUGCCCAAGCAACAUUUAGUGAGACGACAGGUGAAAAAGAACAAAUCCAUGCUGCAAGCUCUCAUGUUUGGAGGCAACGAAAUGGAGGACGAUGUAAAAAACAAAAACAUUCGACAGACAGAGAUUCUGGUUGAUCUCAGGGAGGCGAUUUUGAAAGUGGCAAGACAUUUUUUGACGAUAGAACCAAAGCUGCAGGCCCACAUCAAAUUGAUCGCCGACUAUUCAAUGGAAAGCCACGCCAAAGAUCACGAAAACUACAUAAACGUGUCCCGCAAUCGAAAACGACGUGCCAAAGCUCUCCACGACUUCGAGCGGCACGAUGACGACGAACUUGGUUUCCGCAAAAACGAUAUCAUAACGAUCAUCAGCCAAAAAGAUGAACACUGCUGGGUGGGUGAAUUGAACGGACUCCGCGGUUGGUUUCCAGCGAAAUUCGUUGAACUUCUUGACGAGCGCAGCAAACAGUACAGUUCAGCCGGCGACGAUGCGAUAUCCGAAACGGUUACCGAUCUUGUCCGGGGAACGCUUGCUCCAGCCAUAAAACAAGUUCUGGAGCACGGCAUGAAACGACCAUCAUUCCUGGGUGGGCCAUGUCACCCGUGGCUUUUUAUCGAAGAGGCAGCUACCCGCGAAGUGGAGAAAGAUUUUGAUUCCGUCUACAGCAGGCUCGUUCUCUGCAAGACCUAUCGACUGGACGAAGACGGAAAGGUCCUGACCCCUGAGGAAUUGCUCUAUCGAUGCGUUCAGGCAAUCAAUCAAAGCCAUGACACUGCCCACGCGCAAAUGGACGUGAAACUUCGCAGUCUGGUUUGUCUUGGACUUAACGAACAAGUUUUGCACUUGUGGCUCGAAGUGCUCUGCUCCUGCGUGGAAAUCGUGCAGAAAUGGUAUCACUCCUGGAGCUUUAUCUAUUCGCCCGGCUGGGUCCAGAUCAAGUGCGAGCUGAGGAUAUUGUCACAGUUCGCAUUCAACCUGAACCCACACUGGGAACUCCCACCGAAGAAGGGUACGGAAAGCCAAACACUGAAGGAUGGCGUGCGCGACAUGCUGGUCAAACACCAUUUAUUCUCGUGGGACUUGUAAGGAGUGACGCAGGCGACUGUUUUCCUUUUAACCUAAUCGUUGUGCUUGUUGUGUAGUCUUUGUCUAAGUUCCCAAAUUUUAUUUAUUACUCGAGUAUGUUAUUAUGCACAUAUCCCGUUGGGUUUCUCUCCUAUUUAUAUAAAUUCGUUGAUGUUGUGUUGAAAACUACGCUUUCUCCCAUACACCAUCUCCGCCACUUAAACAAAUUCAAUGCAUUGUAAAAUUUUACAUUUACAACAAAUACACAAUCAUUAAAUCAAAUCAUUAAAAAACAGAAAA